CUUUCGGCCUCCGGAUCUCCAUCCAGAGCGUCAAGCUCUACCUUAUGGUAAAAAAGAUGAGUUAAAUAGACAAACUUCUCAGGCAGAUUUCUUCCUCAUUUGGGGCCAACGGGAAGGAAAAAAAAAAAAAAAGGAGUCAGCGUGUGCAUUGGCCGGGAAUCGAACCCGGGCCUCCCGCGUGGCAGGCGAGAAUUCUACCACUGAACCACCAAUGCAAGCGACAGCCAGCCCUUGGUGGCCCUACCUGAACUUGUAAGAGGUUGAGGCCACCGCGGCCCGGGAGAAGGUGUGGGCCAGGGGCUCAGCGAAGGAGCGGCCCGAAUAGCUGACGUGGGUGGAGCGCCAGGCCAUCCUUCCUCCCGCCCGGAUCCGGCCGCCGGGCCAUAAAGUGGCCCCAUAUGGCCGGGGGGCGGCCCCACACCCGGGUGCGAACAGCCCGGGGCCCCGAGCCUCGCGUGCAGACACUUUAUCCUGAAGCCUCCGACUGUUCACGCAUCAUUCUGCAGAGGGUCAUGUUCUUGGUUUGAGAUGCUGAAGCCGCUUGUGGAGAAGCGGCGCCGGGACCGCAUCAACCGCAGCCUGGAAGAGCUGAGGCUCCUGCUGCUGGAGCAGACCCGGGACCAGAACCUCCGCAACCCGAAGCUGGAGAAAGCAGAGAUACUGGAGUUCGCCGUGGGCUACUUGAGGGAGCGGAGCCGGGUGGAGCCCCCGGGGGUUCCCCGGUCCCCAGCCCAGGACGCCGAGGCGCUCGCCAGCUGCUACCUGUCCGGCUUCCGCGAGUGCCUGCUCCGUCUGGCGGCCUUCGCGCACGACGCCAGCCCGGCCGCCCGCGCCCAGCUCUUCUCCGCGCUGCACGUCUACCUGCGCCCCAAGCCGCCCCGACUGGAGCCGGUAGAUCCGAGGCCCCAGGCGCCGCGCCCACCGCUGGACCCCGCCGCCCCGGUGCCCGGCCCCGCGCUGCACCAGCGCCCCCCAGUGCACCAGGGCCCCCUUAGCCCGCGCUGCGCCUGGUCCCCGUCCCCCUGUUCCCCCCGCGCCGGGGAUCCCGGCGCGCCGGCGCCCCUCACCGGACUGCUGCCGCCGCCGCCGCCGCCGCCGCCGCACAGACAAGACGGGGCGCCCAAGGCCCCGCCGCCCCCGCCGCCCGCCUUCUGGAGACCUUGGCCCUGA